ACCUCAAGCACCGAAAAGCGCUUUUCCGUAUAAGUGCUUGCAGAAAACCAGCUAUGGCGAAGGGCGGACGAGAACUGAACAAGUCAAAUUCCAAUAAAAAGUUGAAUGAUUGAGAUCAGAAUUUUCAGAGAAGCAACGGUUUCAGUGUUGGGGAAAGCAAAAGCUAAAACGCCGCUGAGCUGAGACUGUGUUUUCAAAUUUCAGCGAAAUGUCGAAGGUGAGAGGAUCGAGCUCGUGGCGGGACGAGCUGGCGAGUCUGGUGAGUGACUCGGGGAUAAGAUUCUCGGCUUCCGAUCCUAUUGAGGUCUCCACGGCGUCGUUUGAGGCCGGUUUCGCCUCCGGCGGAGAAUUGGAGCAAUCGGAGAGCUUCAAGGAUCAGAUUAAGGGAUUCGCGAUCGCUUGGGGCGUACUUGUGGAUUUGGCAAGAGGCUGUAAGGACAUUGUGGAGCAGAACGUUCUGACUGAGGACUCGUACAUUGUACGAAAGCUUCGGAAGCCCUGCGCCAAGGCGUGGGCGAAAUUGAGAUACUUGAAUGAGUUUUUGCCGGAGGAUCGCGAUCCGGCUCACGCGUGGCCGGUGAUAUUGUUCGUGUUCAUUCUUGCGCUUACAGCUAUGAAUCUCAAUACCAAGAAUGACAGCUUGGUCCGAUCAGUGAAGAAAGUACAAAUACAUCCUCCUAGUGCUAGUCAUGUACUACUUCCAGAUGGGAGACGAUUGGCCUAUCAAGAACAAGGAGUCCCAGCAAAGAGCACUCGAUUUUUACUGAUUGCUCCACAUUCUUUUCUUUCAUCCCGACUUGCAGGUAUACCAGGAAUAAGGAUAUCAUUGCUUGAAGAGUUUGGUAUCCGCUUGGUCACAUAUGAUCUUCCUGGUUUUGGGGAGAGUGAUCCUCAUCCCAGCAGGAAUCUUAACUCGUCGGCAUUGGAUAUGCUAUACUUAGCAAAUGCUAUUGGUGUUGAUGACAAGUUCUGGGUGCUGGGCCACUCAAGUGGAACGAUGCAUGCUUGGGCUUCUCUCAGAUACAUUCCUGACAGAGUUGCAGGUGCAGCCAUGGUGGCCCCAAUAAUUAAUCCCUAUGAACCGAGCAUGACUAAAGAGGAGAUGAAAAAGACUUGGGAACCAUGGGUUCUGCGAAGGAGAGUGAUGUUUUUUUUAGCUCGUAGAUUUCCAACAUUUCUCUCCUCUUUUUAUUGCCGAAGCUUCCUAUCAGGAAAACACGACAGAAUUGAUAAGUGGUUGUCUCUCUCACUGGGGAAGAAGGAUGAAGUUCUAAUUGAAGAUCCAAAAAUUGAGGAAUAUUUGCAAAGGGAUAUAGAGGAGUCGAUCCGCCAAGGGAGUAUGAAACCCUUUAUAGAGGAAGCUGUCCUACAAGUAUCACGGUGGGGUUUUAGUCUGGCAGAUCUUCGGGCACAGAAACAGUGUCAACGAAGAGGAUUUCUUGCUUGGCUCUGGAACAGUGAGGCAGAAUGCAUGCUGACUGGAUUUCUAGGCCAGAUACACAUAUGGCAGGGGAUGGAUGAUAUGGUAAUCCCACAAUCAGUGACCGACUAUAUAGCACGGGUUUUGCCUGGAUCUUACGUGCAUAAGCUCCCAAAUGAAGGCCACUUCUCGUACUUAUACUUCUGUGAUGAAUGCCACAGACAGAUGUUCACUACCCUUUUUGGAAGCCCUCAAGGUCCAGUAGUCGAAAAAGUGGAUAUAGAUACAACGCCAUCGAAAGGCAACUCAGAAGAGAUAUCAAUGAAUGCUUGAUUCUCUCGCGACUUACACAUCGUUUCUGAUAAUCGCUUCUUAUUACCUAGAAUUCUAAUGUAAAUACCAUAGAAUAACCGUAGGAUGCUCCUCGUCUCCGUGGAGCGUGAAGUUAAGAGUUUGAAAAGUUUUGGAGGAUUAGCUCAAAUGCCAUGCUCAAUGUGUAAUUUUCAACAGCAAAUGAGAGUAAUUGAACUCACUCGAUGCCACAACAUCCACUUGAAUGAAUGUAAUGGACACACUGUUUCCGGUGUCUUAAGCCAAUUU